AUGCAGGGAAUGCCUCAAUCUGAGAGAGACAAAAGAGUGAGUGGGAGAGAAAAUGAACCACUAAAAGAAGAGCGGGAUGCAUCUCCCCCUCUGUUAUACAAAUCUUCUUCACCACGGCCCAUGGAACAUCUUUCUUCUGGGGUACGUUGUUGUGUUUGUGUGCAGAGAGCUGCUGAUGAGGAACGGUUGCAGUUUCUUCAGCUGGUGUUUCAGAAUUCUCAGUCUGGCCCGAUCAGGCCAUCUGUACUUCGCUCUCCGGCUCUCCUGCUUCAGGCAAAUGAGAGCAACCCAACAGCCUUGAACAGAAGAAAAGACACAGGUCACAGUGCGCAGAAUUCUAUCCAAGCUGUCUCUGGAUCAAGCCAGCACAGGAAACAAUCUUCCAGCUUUCAUUCUCACAGCCCAGUCGAGUCAGAAAUCCAGAGAUCCAACUCUUUUUUUGUAAACGGACAAUGUCGCUGGCCAGGCUGUGACAAAGUCUUUGAAAGGUAUACACAUUUUCUGAGACAUCUGAACCGAGACCACAGCACAGAUGAAAAAACGAUUGCACAGUGGCGGGUUCAGCAAGACCUGGUACGCCACAUGGAGAAUCAGCUCAUUCAGGAGAAGCAGAAACUUCACGCCAUGCAACUUCACCUUCAUCUGUUUGAAUGCAUCUCGACGCGUACCGGAGUUGCUUCAGGCUGGUGGAGGCUGCUGGCACAAAAUUUGCCCCGGGUGGGGGAGCCAGAUGGCAGGACAGAAAGAGCUAGUGAAGCACCAGUACGACAGGAACCCUGGCACAUACCCCUACCACACCUGCUGCCAGAUUUUGUCAGCAGUGUUGAAUACUACAAAUAUGCCAAUAUACGACCUCCAUAUACAUAUGCUUUCUUAAUCAGAUGGUCAAUCCUGGAAGCCCCAGACAAACAGCGGACGCUAAACGAAAUUUACAACUGGUUCACAAGAAUGUUCUUCUACUUCCGUCACAAUUCUCCUACAUGGAAGAAUGCUGUGCGACACAAUCUUAGUCUCCACAAAUGCUUUGUGCGGGUGGACGGGAGGACAGGAGCGGUGUGGACAGUGGAUGAGGAAGAGUUUCAGAAGAGAAAAGGGCAGAAAAUCCACAGGGACUACACUUUGAAAUGGCCGACACCCUUCUCCCAUUGUUCAUCCCAUGAAGCCUCAGAUGAAUCAGUAAAAGCCACAAAUUCUCAGUGAAUUGUUUUCCAAACGUUUAGUGACGUAUGCAGAAAAA